AAACACAAAGUCUGCAAUGAAAGUGCAAUCACCAUCACUGGAACACAGUGCCAGAACUCUUCCUCUUCCCAAAAAUGGUUCCAAGGUGGUCCAGACUGCUCCCAAACUGAAUAAUGACACAAAACAUGUCGCAAAUGGGUUUUCUGGACUCAGACCUCGGAGCAGUACCGACAGCUUUCUCAGGCACACUCAGAGAUUUUUAAGGCCAGGUCCUGGUUCUGGUUCUGGUUCUCGAACCACUUCUCCCUCUCAAAAGAAAACACCAGCAGGUCGCUCACACUCCAGUGACGGCCUGGGCUCAGUGUCUGCCGUUCGUCUGACUGAAAAAGAUCGCAUUAGUUCUCGUAGCCUCACCCAGGUACAAAAACAGCCCUCGCCUGUCUUCACGGUCACUGCCCUUCCGUGCUCCAUCCAGGCCCCGCCCAAAGGUGGUAAAAAGUCCCCUGUAACCAGGCAGGUGUCAGGGGGUGGGCUCAAAGCUACAGGGAGGUCAGGUUUGCCCCCAUCUGCCUUAAAGAAGCCCCUCUCACCUGCGCUUGGCCCCGCUUCUAAGCCCAGCGGUAUCAGCUACAAACUGUCACGUCCUAUGCUGUUAAAGCAGGCACGCCCCCUACGGGUGAUGUCUGCUACUGCAUCAGAGCUCAAUUCAGUCAAGAUAAGUUCUCCAACAGAAAACAGCCGAGAAACUCCUGCUGAGUCUCCAGAGAAAGAUGUCCUGUCCUCAGAGCCUGUGUCCAUCGUUGGGGAGACACUGGAGGACAUGUCCUUGUCCUCCACCUCGUCUCUGGACAGAAAUGACACCAGUCAGGAGUACAUGGAUGACUUUGACAACCUGGGAGUUGAAAUUUUACUCUUCUCUCCCAAAAAUGAUGAAGAUGACUCAGGACUUGACCAAUCGUGUGCCAGGUUUGAUGAUGACAAGACCAGUGUUAACGGUGUCACAGAGGCAUCGGGUCUGUGUUUUCUGGAGGAUGGUGUGGACUGGGCUGGUCUGAAGUUAAAGAGUGACGACACGCAGCGUCAUGUAAGUCUACUGUCACACCAGAGAAAGAUGAGUCAGACGGAUUAUCACGAGCAGGGUGGUUCCUCUCUGGACCUGUCCCCCUCCGACUCCUGCGGCUCUGCAGGAACCUACAUGUGGGACGAGGAGGAUCUGGAGCCACUGGGGGGCGCCAACUCCGCUUCCAUCAACUGUAACAGCCAACAUAUUGAGGACUUUGACUCUGAGGACAUCUUGAAAGACCUGGACACCUGUGAUCUGGAGGACGAUGACCUCAUGCUGGACACAGACUUUACAGAAGACGCCUCUGUUCUCAGUGACAGAGAUGGAAUGUCCCACAUGGCUGAGUGGAGGAGGAGACAGCUCUGCUGGGGGACAAAUGAUGUCCAGAAUGAAGAUGGUGACUUCACCUGCUACAAACUCACCGAGGAUCCAGGAAACAAGAGGACAGAUAUAUGUCGGGAUGGUGACAUCAUUCUUGACCUUUGUCCUUCAAGGUCUUUUAUCACCAGAUCAUCUUCUGGGACUCUGCUGUCAUCGUUCAUAGCGCCUCCCGCUGUUCUGGGUGUAGAUGUGGAGGAACUGGCUGAUGACUGCUCUGCAGUGCGAUCACAGCUGGAGUUUCUGCAGAUGUUACUGCUGCAGGAAGAGGAAGUGGACGAUAACACUCUGACCAUGGACAGUCCUGAGGUCAACGACUCGUCUCAGAGCUCUGACACUCUGGUGAAGGCUCUCCAGCAGGAGGUGCUGCAGCUCAGGGAGCAGCUGAGAAGUCGAGACAGAACCAUCGCUCAGCUCACACUGCAGCUGACUGUUCCCUCAGUGACUGCCGGCUGUGGUUGCCAGGAGACGACAGGAAAGAUGGAUCGACACACACAGACCGGUUUGAUGGAGCGAGACAGAGUGAAGACGCAGGCGGUCAGGAGAGAACAGGCCUUUCCUUUCCUCUCUCCUCCUUGGCAGUAUCAGCGUUCUUCUCCUUACAGGGUGAGGGCCAGGCCUGCUAUUCCCUCCCACCUGGCUAAAAGAAGAGUGGAGAAACUGGUGCUUUAUUUCAGUGACACAGCCUGUCACAGAUACUUCACUCCACCAGUCAGGACCAUCAGGACCUACUGACGACCCACAUCUCCAGCAUCACGCAGCACCACGCUCCACCUAUCCAUCAGACCACUCCUCCAGAACAACCCUCAGAUUUAUUCACAACCCGAC